AUGUCACCACCUGUGUUGUGGCUAUGCGACGCAUGCGACGCACACUCCGGCAAACCUCAACCUCCAAGUUCACCGACCAACAGGAUUAUCACGCCCUCAGACCCCAACCGACCAGGUUUGUACUACCACUAUGCCAAUCCGCCCACUCCGCUCUCUCCGACAAUCCCCGCCUUUGCACUCUCCUUCCUCAGUGAGACACCACCGAGCGUGGAUUCAGCUUCGGUGAUAGGAUGGUUGCCUGCAGCGUCUUCCGAGUCCGAACAAACAGAAAACGGGGCAACACUAGCGGAUUUCAAGCAGAACUCCAAAUUCAUCGAAUUUCUUCAUGAAUCAAUCAAGUCGGGCCUGAAGGAAGGAGUUGACGAUGUUUGGAAGGACAGUGCAAUGGCUUUGGGUGACGGUUGGAUGCACAUUCACGACCAACGCAAUCCGCCUGACCAAUCUCGCAUCGGCGACCCGGACGAUAUAAUUGCGUCUGUUUUAGUUAAAGGCAGCCAGAUCCAACCAGAUAUGUACGAACCAAUGCCGUCGUAUCGUGUCUGCACUGCCGAUGGAGUCCUUCAACUCACUCCAGGUCUUGCUGCACACCUCCGCCGCGAGCUUCUCCGAGCUGUACAAACUGCAUAA